UAGAACGCAGUAUCAGAACCACCGGACAGCAGCACAGCAAGAUCAAACAGCUUGACAGAUUUCGCAACCUCGGGCAUUGCACCUCGAAACAUCCACAAUGGGUUCUUACGCACCCGAUGAGCGCAGCAAAGCAGGCAGAUUGCCAAAACGAAUGCAAUAUGAUGCCGAGCUAGUUCACAGCAUCCUCAAUGAGACUCCCAUCCUACACGUCUCAUUCAACGCCCCUCCCAAAGACGGCCCGCAGUUUCCCACAAUUCUUCCCAUGCUAGGCGCAGUCGCCACCUACGAAUCUGACGAAGAGCCCUCAAUCUAUCUCCAUGGCAGCUCAGUUGCAAGACUAUUCCGAAUGACCAAUGGCUCCGAGAUCCCGCUUUGUGUCUGUGGUUCAAUCCUCGAUGGCUAUGUGCUCGCCCUCUCACCCUUCCACAACAGCUGCAACUAUCGAGCUGCAGUUGCUUACGGAUACGGCGCCAUGGUGGAGGACGCCGCAGAGAUCGAUUUUGCAUUGCGAUUGAUCACAAACAACUCCAUACCCGAGAGGUGGGAGAAUAGCAGGCAGCCGCCAACCAAAGCAGAGCUUCAAUCAACCGGAGUGCUCAAAGUGCGAAUCGAAACUGCUUCUGCGAAAGUGAGAGCUGGAGGGCCUAGUGACGAUAAAGCCGAUUUGGAGAACAGCGAAGUGACUGAGAAGACCUGGAUCGGAGUGGUUCCAACAUAUCUGACCCUGGGCGCACCUAUUGCAGGAGAGUUCAACCGGGUGCAACGGUUUCCAGAGCAUCUUGAUGAUUGGGUACAGGAUGUGAACUCAUUGAACGAGCAGAGAGCAAUCGAUGCCGUCGACGAGAGCGGAGGUGCAGACUAGGCGUGCCAGCUGCGUGAGCAAGGGCUGGUCGAAAGCUGGCGCGCGAAGAUGGAAUGCGGAAAGGACUUCUUUCCCAGGCGCGUUGCCUCUGAUUUAGCGCUCGAUGGAGGAUAGGAGGCACCCAUCGGCGUUCUGCGAUAGCUCGAGCAUAUGCAAGAACAUCCACACGAUCUCCCGUUUUCUGUCCGACUCGUUUUGUACGACCGAACAAAGCGACAAGCAGCUUUGGAAAGUUUUGGGGCUCGUAAAGUCUCGGAUCCAGGUCGAAUAGCUGCCCGUCCCAUAUUUCGUCGGCGUGUUGUAUGAAGUGUGCAAGACCGAGCCGAUUGCACUUCCGCGCUAGCAGGUUGAUAUUUUUGGUGGAAUAAGCCGGGCCGAACAGUGUCCACAUCUGCUUGAGCAGUACCUUUCGUACGAGAGCUGGACUUGUCUGCAUCUCAGGCUUGUGGAGACCUUCCUCGUUGAGUUUCUUGAGCAAAAGAAUGCCGCGUGCCCAAGUAUGGCUGUGUCCAGUCUGUGAAGAGUCUGUUGCGGUCAACAGCUUCUUGGUGGUAGCGCGCCGGAAGCCCCAGACGAUCAAUGCACCACGCAUCGAAGAACUGAAUAUGGUC